AUGGCCAGCAAUCUGUUUUCUGCCAUCUUCCGCCUCGACUCCAAGCCCGCCGCGUCCCCGCCCAACUUCCCCUACACCAUCAAGACCAACCCUUACCGUUGCAAGCGCCCUUGGCCCCCCGACUUCUCGCAGCUGAGCCAGAGACACCAGUUCCUCCUCGAACGUCGCUUUCGCCGUCGGAGCAAGCUGAAGUGGGCGCGGCCGACGUGGAACAAAGCCGUCAAGAUCACGCAGUGGGGCACCAUCUUGUUUGUGUGCGUGUAUGGCGUCUUCUUUCUUGACGUCCAACAGGCGCGUGGCGAUGGCCACAUGGCCGCGGAUAGGAAUGGAACGGUGUUUGAUGGAGCGCGACAAUGGUACGCGGAGCAGAUGAGAUCGUUUCGCGGACAGCGGGAUGCAGGACCGGCCGCCGUCCCCGCCGAAGCCAGACGGGGCAGAGACGAAGGGUGA